CCGGCAGCGGCGGCGCACCUUAUGGCGACUUGAGCUCUCUGGGCGACGUCCUCGGGACGGGCAGACUGUAAUUGAAAUGAAAAGGAUAGGUAGAUCUAGCUAAUUCGACAACAGAGCAAGGUGCGCUCCUAUGGAAGUGGAAGAAGCAGGAGGCGAAGUGGAGAACGCCGGCAAGGACGAGGCGGAGGCGGAGUACCAUUCGCGCGAUUUCGAAUGGGAGGACCUCAAGGAAGAGGUGGAAUCUGGACCUGUCUUCUCCUACCACCUCUCCCCCUUUCUCGACCCCGCCGCCAGUACCACCUCGCCGCCGCAGCCCUCGUCGGAGGCCUGGAGAAGCUUCCACCGUCGCCAUGCGUCCGGAAAAUUCUUUAAGGAAAGGAGAUAUUUGCUUAAGGAAUUUCCUGAACUUUGUAGCAGCAAAGAUCAUGCCAAGGUUUUAGAAGUGGGGUGUGGGAAUGGAAGCACUGCUGUUUCCAUUCUACGGUCUAGUGAAAGGAUCACUGUCUUUGCUUGUGACUGUAGUAAAGACACUCUUGAGAAGGCAUAUGAAAUUAUAUCCAAUACAAAAGGGAUUAAUAUCAAGGAUAGGUUCCACCCCUUUUUAAUGGAUGUUUCUAAAGAAACUUUCCCAGAUUGGUUAUUUUGCAAAGCCUGUCAAACUUCGCUGGGAAAAGCUGCUGCAUCUUUACUUGAUCCAAGUCACCAUGGAAUUAGAGAAGAGCACCCAGUCUUCCUUGGAGAGAACCAAUGUUGUGCUGGUGGCAUGGAUUUUAUUACCAUGAUAUUCACACUGUCAGCCAUACCCUUCGACAUAAUGCCAACUACCAUAGAACAAUGUGUUUCUGUUCUGAAACCAGGCGGCCUUCUUCUUUUUAGGGAUUACGGUCUUUAUGACAUGACAAUGCUUCGGUUUUUACCUCAUCAAAGAGUAGGGUUUCGGGAAUAUAUGCGAUCAGAUGGUACCUUUUCAUACUUCUUCUCAUUGGAUACUGUGAGAGAACUCUUUCGUGCUGCUGGGCUAGUAGAGUUGGAGCUGGAAUAUUGCUGUGUCAAGUCCGUGAACCGAAAGAAUGGGAAGACGAUGCGGCGGGUAUGGGUCCAUGGCAAAUUCAAAAAACCACCUAGGUGACAUCAGUUAGGGCUUGUUCGUGUUCAGCUCAAUCCAUAUGAAUUGGAUAGAAUUGUGUGGAUUUAAAUCCAUAGCAAGUCAAAAUCUCUACUAAUUUUUUCCAAUCUCAUCCCAAUCCAUAUGGUGUAGAAAUAACCAAAGGGCUUAGCUGUUAGUUUUGCUCGGCCACUUUGUUGUUGCAACAAAGCGUUGUAACAGUUUUGUAGCCACAAACUUAAAUGGCAUUGAAAUUAUGCCCUCCCCC